UUUUCUCGAACUCAUUCUCAGCGAACUUGUGAAAAUUUUUUUACGGUUUGUUGUGCGGAGUCUGGAGGCCCUAGCCAUUCUUACUUUUUAGUCAGUUGCGUACUUACUGAGAUGGCUGCGGGUACAGUGAAACAAAACAUUCAUGUGAAUGCCGAGGACCAGAAAUUGAUCAAUCGAUUCGCCCGACUUCAUCAGAGGUCGCUAGAUGUAAAGGAAAGACUUCAGGAAACGAGUAGGGAUCUUCAAAAUUUGAAUGAUGCCGCUGAUGAGCUGCUACUUUUGGAUGAUGCAGAUGCCCAGUCGGUGCCGUUUAAGAUUGGAUCAGUGUUUAUGCACAUGGAUCAAGAAAGAUUGAACGAGAAGUUCGAAAAUGUGAAAGGAGAAUUGGAAAAUCGAGUGGCUGAUCUUACACAAAAGCAUAAAAAAAUUUGCGACGAAAUGGAUUCCUUAAAAUCGAUACUUUAUGGGAAGUUUGGUGAAAGUAUCAAUUUGGAAACUGAUACGGAUAAUCAAUAGUUAUUGAGGGAGACAUCAAACUACCAUCUGUAUAAAACUGCUGCGUAAUAUUGAGGUUAUUGUGGCGUUUAGCGGAGGUCUAAAACUGGUUAUCUCUAGCUUUCCUGGACCGAAUUCACAGAACCUAAAUUUUUUUUAUCCUCAUCGUUUGUUUUUAUAUAUUUUUUAUACUUCGCGAAC